GCACGAUAUGCUCUGCACUGCACUGCACUGAAUCAGUGGAAGAAUCCAAGCUCCUCCUGCUUCUCUCUUGCCUCCAAAAAUUUUCUUGCAAAAAAACACUCUCGAUUCUCUCUUCUUGUUCUGACUUAAUUCAAGGUGAGUUGAGGGGACUCUGGGAAUCAUCCUUGAAGGUAAAGAAGAGAAUCCAAUUUGAAGGAAUAGUAAUAAUAAUAAUUAGAGUAUGAGUAAUAACAGUACCAUAAUCGGGCAUUAUAAAGUAUUCAACAACCAGAGUUUGCUUCGUCCAACGGCUUCAGAGCAUCGAAGCAGCAAGCUCAAUUCUUCAGGCAUUCCUGCAAAUUCUUUGUUUCAAUCUGCACGUAGGCCGUUGUCCAACUUUUAUGGAAACAGUUUAAAAGCCAGGAAAUCAAAAUUAGGCAUCGUUGGAGCACGCCGCUCUUUUAUAUUCACUCCGCGAGCUGUCUUAGCCAUGGAUCCACCUUCUGAGCAGCUUGCAGGGAAAUUCAAUCUGGAUGGAAAUAUUGAAAUGCAGGUUUUUGUCAGCAAAUCCUCUGGUUCAUCCAUCGCACAAGUAAAUAUUCAGAUCAAUUAUAGUAGUGACUCUUUGCUUCUACACUGGGGUGUAAUACGUGAUAGAAAGGAAAAAUGGGUGCUUCCUUCUCUUCAGCCAGAUGGAACCAAAAAUUAUAAGAACAGAGCCCUCAGAUCUCCUUUUAUGGAGUCUGGUUCCAAUUCUUGCAUCAACAUAGCGAUUGAUGAUCCUGCGAUACAAGCUAUAGAGUUUCUUAUAGUUGAUGAAGCCCAGAAUAAAUGGUUUAAGAACAAUGGCCAGAACUUUUAUGUUGAGUUACCCAUGAGAGAGAAGUUGACCAUUCCUAAUGUCUCGGUUCCUGAAGAACUUGUGCAGAUUCAAGCAUAUCUAAGGUGGGAAAGAAAUGGGAAACAAAUGUAUACCCCUGAGCAAGAGAAGGAGGAAUAUGAAGCUGCUCGCUUUGAGCUAUUGGAGAAAGUAGCCAGAGGCACUUCCAUUGAGGAUCUCCGUGCAAUGCUGACAAACAAAAAUGAUAUACGUGAAAUUAAGGAGCCAUCUGUCUCUCAAAUAGAAAACAACCUACCUGAUGAUCUUGUGCAAGUACAAGCUUAUAUGAGAUGGGAAAAGGCAGGGAAACCCAAUUUUUCUCCGGAGCAGCAACAGAUGGAAUUUGAGAAAGCAAGAGAAGAGUUGCAAGCUGAACUGGGCAAAGGUGUCUCUGUUGAUGAGAUUCGGAAGAAGAUUAGUAAAGGAGAAAUCAAGACUAGUGUGUCCAAGCAAGUUCAAAACAAAAGAUAUUUCAGCACUGAAAGGAUUCAGCGCAAAAGGAGAGACAUAGCGCAGCUUAUCAACAGACAUUCUGCUAAAUCAGUAGGGGACAGAGCUUCCAAGUCUGUGGAGGAAAAAGCUUCAAUAGAAUCAAAAGUCUUGAAGGCUGUUGAGCUUUUUGCCAAGGAAAAGGAAGAAUAUGAUGGUGGUGCUGUGCUGAACAAGAAAAUCUUUAAGCUUGCUGAUAAGGAACUUCUGGUACUUGUAACAAAGUCUGGUGGUAAGAUGAAGGUUCGUUUGGCCACUGAUUUUGAAGAGCCAGUUACUCUUCACUGGGCUUUAUCUGAAAAGGCUGGAGAGUGGUUGGAGCCACCUCCAACUGUGUUGCCUCCUGGUUCAGUUGCUCUCAAGGAGGCUGCUGAAACACAACUUAAAAAUGAGUCCUCUGCUAAAUUUUCUUACCUGGUGCAAUCUUUUGAAAUAGAGAUUGAAGAAGGUAUUUUUGUUGGUUUGCCAUUUGUCCUUUUGUCAAAUGGAAGAUGGAUAAAGAAUAAUGGCUCGGACUUCUAUAUUGAAUUUAGUGGAGGAUCUAAGCAUGUCCAAAAGGAUGCUGGUGAUGGCAUAGGAACAGCCAGGGCGUUGUUGGAUAAAAUUGCAGAAAUGGAGAGUGAGGCACAGAAGUCUUUCAUGCACCGAUUCAAUAUUGCAGCAGACUUGAUGGAUAAAGCCAAGGAUGCUGGCGAAUUGGGUCUUGCAGGGAUCUUGGUGUGGAUGCGGUUUAUGGCCACUAGGCAGCUCAUAUGGAAUAAAAACUACAACGUCAAACCACGUGAAAUCAGUAAAGCCCAGGAUAGGCUUACAGACUUGCUCCAGGAUAUUUAUGCAAGCAAUCCACAGCAUCAGGAGCUCUUGCGAAUGAUUAUGUCUACUGUUGGUCGAGGAGGUGAAGGGGAUGUGGGACAACGUAUUCGGGAUGAAAUCCUAGUUAUCCAGAGAAACAAUGAAUGCAAGGGUGGAAUGAUGGAGGAAUGGCAUCAGAAGUUGCAUAAUAACACUAGUCCUGAUGAUGUCAUAAUCUGCCAGGCUUUAAUUGAUCAUAUUAAAAGCGACUUUGACAUCAGUGUGUACUGGAAAACUUUGAAUGAAAAUGGAAUCACAAAAGAGCGACUUUUAAGUUAUGAUCGCGCCAUCCAUUCUGAACCAAAUUUCAGGAGAGAUCAGAGGGAUGGACUUUUGCGUGAUCUUGGAAACUAUAUGAGGACUUUGAAGGCAGUUCAUUCAGGUGCAGAUCUUGAGUCUGCUAUUACGAAUUGUAUGGGCUACAGAUCUGAGGGUCAAGGCUUCAUGGUUGGAGUGCAGAUAAAUCCCAUUCCAGGCUUGCCAUCUGGUUUCCCAGAAUUGCUUCAAUUUGUACUCAAACACGUUGAAGAUAAGAAUGUAGAAGCACUUAUAGAGGGUUUGCUAGAGGCUCGUCAAGAGCUUAGACCUUUGCUAUUUAAGUCCAACAAUCGUCUUAAGGAUCUUUUAUUUUUGGAUAUUGCACUUGAUUCCACUGUUAGGACAGCUAUUGAACGGGGGUAUGAAGAAUUAAGCAAUGCUGGACCGGAGAAAAUUAUGUACUUCAUCACUUUGGUUCUUGAAAAUCUCGCACUUCCUUCAGAUGAUCAUGAAGAUCUUAUUUACUGCAUUAAGGAAUGGAAACAUGCACUAAGUAUGUCAAAUAGCAAAAGUGAUCACUGGGCAUUAUAUUCAAAAUCAGUCCUUGACAGAACUCGCCUUGCCCUUGCUAGCAAGGCAGAAUGGUACCAGCAGGUUUUGCAACCAUCAGCGGAGUAUCUUGGAUCACUGCUUGGAGUGGACCAGUGGGCUUUGAACAUAUUCACUGAAGAAAUUAUCCGUGCUGGAUCAGCAGCCGCAUUAUCUACACUUCUUAAUCGACUUGAUCCAGUUCUUAGGCAGACUGCUCAUCUUGGAAGCUGGCAGGUUAUUAGCCCAGUUGAAGCUGUCGGAUAUGUUGUCGCCGUGGAUGAGUUGCUCACUGUGCAGAAUAAAACUUACAAGUUCCCAACAAUCUUAGUUGCAAAACGAGUAAAAGGAGAAGAAGAAAUUCCAGAUGGUGCAGUUGCUUUGCUGACUCCUGACAUGCCUGAUGUACUAUCUCAUGUUUCUGUGCGAGCAAGAAAUAGCAAGGUUUGCUUUGCUACAUGCUUUGAUCCCAAUAUUCUGGCCAACCUUCAAGCAUAUGAAGGGAAAUUGUUGCGUCUGAAACCGACAUCAGCAGAUAUAGUUUAUAGUGAACUAAAGGAGGGUGAACUAGCAGAUUCAAGUUCAACUAACUUAACAGAAGGCAGUCCUUCACCUAUAAAGCUGGUCAGAAAGGAGUUCAGAGGCAGAUAUGCCAUAUCUUCUGAGGAGUUUACCAGUGAAAUGGUUGGUGCCAAAUCACGCAACAUCUCAUAUUUGAAAGGAAAAGUGCCGUCUUGGAUUGGGAUUCCUACAUCAGUUGCUUUACCAUUUGGAGUUUUUGAGAAGGUUCUAUCUGAAGAUUCGAAUAAAGAAGUGGCCAAUAAGUUGCAACUGUUGAAGAAAAACUUAGGAGAAGAGUUGAGUGCUCUCAGGGAGAUUCGCCAAACAGUUUUACAGCUGACAGCACCACCGCAACUGGUCCAAGAGCUGAAGACCAAGAUGCAAAGUUCUGGGAUGCCAUGGCCUGGUGAUGAAGGUGAACAACGAUGGGACCAAGCAUGGAUGGCUAUAAAGAAGGUCUGGGCUUCAAAAUGGAAUGAGAGAGCAUACUUCAGCACGAGAAAAGUAAAGUUAGACCAUGAUUAUCUCUGCAUGGCCGUCCUGGUUCAGGAAGUAAUAAAUGCUGAUUAUGCAUUUGUUAUUCAUACAACCAAUCCAUCUUCGGGGGAUUCAUCCGAGAUAUAUGCUGAGGUGGUGAAGGGACUUGGAGAAACUCUAGUCGGAGCUUAUCCUGGCCGUGCAUUGAGUUUUAUAUGCAAGAAAAAUGAUUUAAACAGUCCUCAGGUGUUGGGUUACCCGAGCAAACCCAUUGGGCUCUUUAUAAGAAUAAGACGUUCUAUCAUCCUCCGAUCCGACUCGAAUGGUGAAGAUCUAGAAGGUUAUGCCGGUGCAGGCCUUUAUGAUAGUGUGCCAAUGGAUGAAGAAGAGAAGGUUGUGCUCGAUUAUUCAUCUGAUCCGUUGAUCACCGACGAAAAGUUUCGACGAUCAAUCCUCUCUGGCAUUGCUCGUGCAGGAAGUGCAAUUGAAGAGCUGUAUGGAUCUCCUCAAGACAUUGAAGGUGUGAUACGUGAUGGUAAUGUCUACGUAGUUCAAACAAGACCCCAGAUGUAAUCUUCUUUCUCUCUUUUCCGAAUCGGAUUUUGCUUGUGAGGGUUGUAUAAAUUAGAAAAAUAACAGAGAGGGAAAUGAAGAAAGGGAAAACAUACAUAAACAAUCGGGAAAUGAAAAGAACAAUAAAUCCAAAUUGCAGCAUUGAUUAUAGUCAUGCAUCAGUUUACAAUCACGAAUAAUGUCGUAUUUGGUACUUGGGUGUUUUGUUUUCCAG